GGAAAACGAGAGAAGGAUCAAAACAGACCCUAUCUUUGUGCUUAGUUCCUACUUAAGCACCAUCCUAGAUUUUUUCCCCCUUUAUCGUGUCUAAUCUCUAACGUGCCAAAAUCAAGCAGGGUGUUAUUACUGGGAGUUUUCACCAAUGUCACGAUCCUUUCCGCGAACGAAGCUUCCAUUCCUGCAAAAUGUCGUGAAGAGGGCUGUGUCCAUGCCUCUCACCACGUCUUCCUCGACACCCUUCCGGCCGUAUCCGCUUUCCUCUUCACCCGCAACCAAACAGUCGUCUGGAUGUACCAUUCUCUACUCAAAUCCUCAGUGCGUUAUUGUGAACGACGCCUUCCCAAAGUCAAUGGUGCACUGCCUAGUAAUGCCCCUAAACCUCGCAUUAACAUCGCUGAAUGUGCUGAAUUCGGAGCAUGUGAGUCUUCUUAAGCACAUGGAGAAAGCAGCGGUUGAAUAUGUGCAGUAUCUGCGCACUACAGAGGCCUCAAGGCUCGGAAAGCGACGCUUUAUCAUCGGUUUCCACGCUCUGCCCUCAUUACCGAUGCUGCACAUGCAUCUUCUCUCUAUGGAUCUGGAUAGCGCAUGCUUGAAAACCAAAAAGCAUUACAACAGCUUCACCACUCCUUUUUUCUUGACAGUCGAUCGCGUCAUCUCGGACCUCGAGCAGAAUGGUGAAUUCACGCUGAAUAAGGAUGUCGAUAUGCUACGGCGGAUGGAAGAGCAGAAUAUGAAGUGCUUGUGGUGCAAUAGGGCGCUAGAAAAUAUUCCACAGAUGCGAAAUCACAUUAAGGAAUGCUCACAGAAUAAAUCACUAAUCAACUAGACUCCGUUCACGUAUCAUAAUUUUUUAUGGUGCUGGUAUAAUUAUUUUUGAUAACUUACGAUCUUUUUUACUUUCAUGAUUGAUUUUUGUAGAAAGGAAUAAAAAGGAUGAAGCAUGAAAAGGGUACGGGGUAUUGUUGUUUUUCUUCAGAAAGCACUGAGCGAUUUCUGCGUGGUAGAUUCAAAGCAAUGGAUUUAUCUUCUUUUACGAGGGUAAAGAAAAGUAGAACAA